AUGUCCCCGCAACAGUUCGAAAGCCAGGCUCAAGCAGCCCGUGAGCUACAAUCCCAAAUCACCACCGCUGUCAGCCGGCUCAGUUUCCCCGGUGGACUUGGCGUCGGUAGUGCCGAGGUCGCCAAAGGCAUCAAUAAGAGCGUCGACGCCAGUGCCUUCGACAAGCACAACCAGUCGGGCAUCGUCGAGGUUCACGCUCACUUCGUUGCCACCAAAAGCGACGGGGCGAAGGCGUUUGAGCUGGAACCGAUGGGGUCAGAUGCUGAUAAUCCGCCGGUGGGCAAGACUCAAACGGCGCACUUCGGCUGGGAGAUAUACCUUGAAGGAAAGAGAGUUGCUGGACCGGGACAUGUCUUUUUCGCCCCGGGCGUCAUCUUGACAAACUAUCGGAACAACAAAAGAGACCAAACGGAGGAGCUGUCCCUCAAAUUGAGCACGAACGACGACAUCGGGACGGGCAAGAUGCAGAGCACCACGAAAUACUAUCGGCUUCAAUGA